UAAAAAGCCCGAAGGCCCUGAGGCACCCUGCCUAGAUGGAGGUCACCGGAAGGCUGUUCAUUUGGGCCGUUUUGGCUGUCUCCUGUGGGGCACAGCUGAAUUCUACAGGGGCUGAAGGCAAAUCAAGAUGCACGGCCAGUCUGGGAGGGGCCAAUCUUGGAGAGACCCACAAAGCCUUCAUCCUACAGCUCAAUGCUGAUGAGGACUGCACUUGGACCAUAGAGAGACCUGAAAACAGGAGCAUCAGAAUCAUCUUCUCCGAUAUCAAGUUGGAUCCAGACAGUGGAUGUGAAAGUGAAAGCAUUAAGGUGUUUGAUGGAAACUCCACCAGUGGGCCUCUGCUAGGGAAGGCCUGUAGCAGAAAUGACUUUGUGCCUGUGUUUGAAUCAUCCUCCAAUUCACUGACGUUUCAGAUAGUGACUGACUGGGCAAGUUUCCAAAGGAGCGUCUUUAUCUUCUACUAUUUCUUCUCCUCUGGUACCACCAUUCCAAACUGUGGUGGUUACCUGCAAACACUGGAAGGCUCCUUUAGCAGCCCCAAUUAUCCACAGCCAUACCCUGAGCUGGCAUAUUGUGUGUGGCACAUACAAGUGGAGAAAGGCUAUAAGAUAAACUUGACAUUUACAGAUCUCUUCCUAGAACUGGACAACCAAUGCAAGUUUGACUUCAUCGCAGUCUAUGAUGGCCCCUCUACCACGUCAGGCCUGCUCAAACAGUUCUGUGGCCGUGAGAAACCUACCUUUGAAUCUUCCUCUGACGCCAUGACUGUCGUGCUAUCUACAGAUUAUGCCAAUUCCUACAAAGGCUUUUCUGUUUCCUACACUUCAAUUUACAUAGAAGAUGUCAACACUACAUCUUUAAGUUGUGCUUCUGACAAGAUGAGAGUCAUCAUAAGCAAAUCCUACCUUCAGUCACUCAACUACAACGAGAACAAUUUGCAGCUAAAUGACCCAACUUGCAGACCAAGUGUAUCAAACGUCAUAGAGUUCUCUAUCCCUCUGCACGAAUGUGGUACAAUCAAAAAGAUAGAGGACCACACAAUCAGUUAUACCAACAUAAUCACCUUCACCGAGUCUCCAAUUUCUGCUGUGAUCACCCGACAGAAGCACCUCCAGAUUGUGGUGACAUGUGAGAUGGAGUAUAAUUCUACUGUGGAGAUUCUGUACAUAACUGAGGAUGACAUCAUACAAAAUCAAAGUGUCCUGGGCAAAUACAACACCAGCAUGGCUCUUUAUGAGUCCAGCUCAUUUGAAAACCUUGUACAGGAGUCACCAUACUAUGUAGAUUUGAACCAAACUCUUUUUGUCCAAGUCACUUUGCACACCUCAGAUCCAAGCCUGGUGGUGUUUCUGGAUACUUGCAGAGCCUCUCCCACAUCUGACUUUGCAUCUCCGACUUAUGACUUAAUCAACAGCGGAUGUAGUCGAGAUGAGACUUGUAAGGUGUAUCCCUUAUUUGGGCACUAUGGAAGAUUCCAGUUUAAUGCCUUUAAAUUCUUGAGACAUCUGAGCUCUGUGUAUCUCAAGUGUAAGAUUUUGAUCUGUGAUACCAAUGACCAAGAGUCUCGCUGCAAUCAAGGCUGUGUCUCAAGAAGGAAACGAGAUAUUUCUUCAUACAAAUGGAAGACUGACUCUGUUAUAGGACCAAUUCGCCUGAAGAGGGACCGAAGUGCAAGUGGAGAUUCAGGACUUCUGCCUCAAACACAUGAAGCAGAAAUUUCAAACCAGCCUCUCAGUCAUCUGCACCUGUUUUCCUUCACGGUUCUUGCUCUGAAUGUGGUGAUUGUGGCCGCAGCCACAGGGAAGCAUUUCCUAAAUCGGUGGACGGAUUACAGAUACCAGAAGCUGCAGGUCUACUAGCCACAGACCCCGAGACAGGCCCCUGACUUCUCCUGGGUGUCUGAUGAAACAGCUCGCUGUGCCUACAAGGGUUAGGAAUAAACCAGGAAGGCCUAAAGAGCAACAUGCAUCCCGCCAUGUUCAAAUCACAGCCACGGUGUGUUUCAUUAUGGGGUGGCUGAAAUGAAUAAAUAGUACGUCUGGUCA